UAUUAUUUUGGACUUGUGUAUUUUUUUAUUUUCCAAUUUGUGACAGGUUUUUGAUAUUUUCAUGCCUUUUUACUUAUGUCAAAUUUCAUUUAGAAAUUCUGUAUGAAAAAAAUUAUAUGGAUUUAGAGUUACUUGUGAAAAUUGAUCAGAUUAAAUUAUUUUGAUGGAUUAUUCUACACAUUCUGUUAAUACAUGUAUUUGAGUUACAGGUAUUGGAUGAUGAACCAAAAGAUUAAAAGAUAAGGAGAACCAUGAAUACUGACUUCUUGAAAGACAUCAUACCAUAUCGCUGCCCUAAAUGUGGAGACAGUAGAAAAUUUACAUCUCUACGAGAUUUAAAACUCCAUCUCAAUUCGGAGCAUGCAUUUAAAGUUGGAUGUGUUAAACCUAGGUCAAGAACUACAAUUUUUGAUAAUAAGGGACAUAACUCGAGGAAAAAAACUGCAAACAGAGAAAAUUUAAGUCGACAGUGGUCAUCAAGCUAUGAUAGUAGGCGAUCAAGUUCUGAAAGUUAUGGGAGAGAAUCUCCUCUGUUCCAAAGUUACAAAGAUGAUGCUAGGGUGUUAGAAGGCCAACUUGAAAGUGCAAGAGAGUAUGAACGCAACAACAGGAGGCAAGCUAAUUAUUUGUCGAGAAGUCAUAGUUAUGAUCCUUUAGACAACACUAUAAAUAGAUUGAACAAGGAUGUAAUGAACUCUCAUAGGAAUAUUUGGAAGUCCUCUGAUGAAUUGUACAAUGCAGAGGAUGUUCUGAAUGGAGUAGAAACUGCUGCUGAGGAAAGAUUUAAAAGUCAGCAAAACAUUAUACAAAAUUUAGUGGAUGAAUUACAACAGAAAGAUCUCCAAAUUACAAAUGCCAACAGAGAUGCAGAAAGACUUCGUCAUGACAGAGAAAAGCUGAUGAACGAAGUAGAGGAGUUGUUCAAAUCAGCUGAUUUUGGAAAUAAGAAAUUACUUCAAGAACUGGAAACUAAAGAACAAGAAUUGAAUGCUGUCAACAAUGAGUUAGAUCACAUUAAACAGGCAGCUUCUGAUGAGUUGAAACAUAAAGAUCAGAAAUUGAUAGAAGCUGAAAGGAGUUUACAGCAAAUAGAGUAUGAAAGGAAGUCUUUAGAAGAUGAAAGAGAAAAUUUGAUUGAAAAAGUACAAAUGGACAGUGGGUUGUUGAGGAAAACAUUGGAAAUGAAAGAAAACCAAGUACGAAAGCUUAAUACAGAACUUGAGGCCAUCAAGCAGGAACAAAAUGAACUUUUAUCAGAGAGUAUGGAAUUAUACAACACAGCAGAUCAAGGUACAUCUAAACUGAAGGAUGUGUUGAGAUUACGUGAUUGUCAGUUACAAGAGGCUGAACAGGAACUGAACAGAUUGAAGGAGCUUAAUGACCGUCUGGUGUGGGAAUCUAGACAGCUCACAGAACAAGCAGAUUCACAUAGCCAGGUUCUUCAUGAACUACUAAGACAAAGAGAAGAUGAGCUAUCAAUGGUUAAACAAGAUUUAGAGUCUACUUUACAGUCAGACAAACCUAAGGCUGUCAAUGAACAGCUAGUGCAGUUACAACAGAUAGUUCUAGAGAAAACAGCUCACCUGGAACAAAAAGAAAAAGAGCUGCAGUCAUUGAAAACAUUUUUAACCACAACAGCAGAGAAAGAAGCAAUAGCCAGAGAAAAAUUAGAAAAGUUUAUAAGUGAUUUGAUAGAUAGGGCUGAUAAGGCUGAAAAAGAACUUCAGCAUUUGAAAAAUAACAUCUCAGAUUCGAAUGAAAGGAAGGAAGGAAGGAUGAAUAAUGGUUUAGAAUCAACUGUUGAAGAUUUGGAUUCUGAUGAUGAAAUGUCAGAUGAUUUUACUGAUACACAUAGAAAAGCUUCUCCAAUACAAAGACAAGUUCCAGUUACAAAAAUCAAGAGUGGUUAUCCCAGAAACACAAGAUUUAAACCUUUAGACAAUACAGUGCCAUAUAGCCCUUCACUAUCUGAUUCUGGUUACCAUGACAGCAGAAUAGCUUCUCCUCGAAGAAAGGGUGUGUCCACCAUUCAAGGACAUGCAGAUUGCUUAAAUGAUAUAAAUUUGCGCACAAAAUUUAGUAAGGAAGGACAUUUUUCACCAGAUGGAGUUGGAAAAUUUGAUACUCAUCCGAAAAUGUAUGAUUACAAAUAUUGUACACCUUACGAUAUUGACAAAGGUCAUAUGCAAAAUCCUAGAGUUUCUGGAAUUAUUCCUAAGUUGUAUGAAACAAACACUCACCAAAACUAUCAGACUUUAGAGCAAAAUGCAUCUGGAAACAAAUUAACAAGAUCAAAUCAAGAUAGGAAUGAAAAAGAUCCAUCCUACUUUCUGUCACAUCAAAAUCGAUUAGGACCAAACAACCGUAAUCAGUAUUUGGACAAGAAAGAUGCCACUGAGAAUCUAAUAAAUAGUCCAUACAAAAAAGACACAGAACAUACAUUUGAGGUGGCUAAAUAUCCAAUGAAAAAUCAACAUCCUGUUCAACCAUUUGAAUCUUACCAAUCACAACAGAAUUCUAGCCAGUCCUUACCUAUCUCUGAGUAUCAUGACCUACCAGCCACAAACUUGCCUUACAGAUCCAUGCCCCAUUCAGCUAGCCAGUAUAUGCAUGUUGAAGAGCCAGAACAGUCAUUGUCUAGUUCUGCUAGAAACAACCUACCAGACAGGUAUCCUGAGCAAUCAGAAUUCAGUUCUGGUAGGCACUACCUGCCAGACAGACAUUUUGAACAGUCUCUAUCUAGUUCUGGUAGACUUAACCUGCCAAAAGUUUAUCCAAUACAGUCAUCAGGAUCUUCUGGACUGUAUAUUAAAGACAACAGCUAUGAACAGUCAGCUUCUAGAAGCUCUAAGCCAUGUCCACCAGGCAGUUAUUCUGACCAGUAUUUAUCUAGUUCAGACAGACAAGCUCUUCCAAGAAGACAGUACAAAGCUGGUUUAUCAUUGUCUAGUUCAGACAGACAAAAAUUACCUGGACAAGGAGGAGAUAACUCUUUGUCAGAUAUUUUGUCUAUUACUGAUGAUACAAUUCAAAGUGAAAAUAAUUCUUCAUUCCAAAAGAUAAUAGAUGAAAAUGGAAUACUCUGGGAAUCAGAUACACCCAGCAAACACAACAUUUCAGGCAUGGAAAGGGUUCCAUUAGGAAAUAACAAACAUGGUUCCCCAAAACAAACUGGUUACCCGUCUCAGAGUACUACUAGACUGAAAUUGUCAGAUAGGUUCAUUGAAGAACGAAAAUUGUUUUCUGAAAACAUUAAAAAGAUCAUGAAACUACCAUUUUUGAAGGAGUCAGGAAGUCAAGCUGAAUUGACAAAUGAUACUUUGAGAUACAGAUUAGAAAAAGAAAGAUCAGAACAUGAUGAUAAUAUACAUAAAUCUUUUAACAAAUGCUCUGAUGAACAAAGUUUGAAUUCUCAAGCUCCCUUCCGAAAUUAUGGCAAUGUGAAACCAGAGCUAGAAACCACAGACGGUUCUACCCAAACUUGGAUGAUUGACAAGGAAUAUAUGGAAUCUGAUUCGCUAUCUACAAGUAACACUAGCCACAGGAUGGAUGAUAGCAGUUUAAUGGCAUCUUCUUCAGAAAAUUCUAUCUCACAUUCCAGAAUACUUCCAAACAGUAGAAUGGAAAAUUCUUUUGAGGAUAAGAAUGGACAGGAACCUCUACAAAACAAGAAAACACAAAAGAAUGCACUAGCUAUGGAACAAAGUCUAUCAGACGUGAAUAAAUUUGAAAAUAAUAAAAAGCAAAGAGAUUUGUUUGAAGAAUUAAAACAGGAAAGUUUAAAUGAAAAUAGUUUAAGUUCAAACUCUAUGUAUUCAUCCAUAGCAGAAGGAGGGGAUAAUUUACUAUUUAAUUGUAAACCUGACAAUAAAUCUUUGAAAAACUCUGUAAGUCCUGUUUUAAAAAGUCCAGUUGUUUUUGAGGAGUUUGAUUCCAAUGAUUCUGGAAAAACUAAACCUUUGACCUCAAGAGAUAUUGGUUCUAAAAAUGAUUUAAUAAACCUUUCCCCUGAUGAGACAAAUAACUCAGAUGAUUUAAUUUGUGGAAUGAAAAAGGAAUCAGGACAUGAUGAUAAUUUAAUGAAAGCGACACAACCUGCUACAAUUGUCAACCCAUUACAUAAUACAGUAGGCCAUUUCCAUCAGAAUUCUGAUAAUCAAGGAAAAGAAUUCAAUAAUGCAGUUGAAUCACUGACUUUGUCUCCACAAAUUUUAGAAGAUUUUGAAAAUGUAGAAGCUCAUACAGAAGAAGAAGUUGAUUCUGUAAUUUAUGACAAGAGCACAGACAGUGUGUGUAGUAAUAAAAUAUUUGGUAGAAAUGAGAGUUUGACAGUUUUCAGUGAUACUGAAGGUGAUGCAGUUAAUGAAGAAGAUGUUCUGCCUCCCAAUGAGGAGGUAAUGAUGGUUGGUGAUAGGAGGAAAAGCUUAAGUAGACAGUUAUCUGUAGACGUUGGGAGGACUACUGGACAAAAUAUUCUGGAACAGGUAGAUGAAACUGAUAUAGGAAAUAUUAUGAUGGUAGAGGAAACAUUGACCCCAGAAUCAAUAGAUAAAACAUUUUUUGCACAGCCAGAUACAGAAAUAGAAGAUGAAUAUCCACAGUCAGUGUCCAGUAUGGACGGAUUUUCUCUGUCAAGGUCAUCAUCACAAGAUUCUGUUUUGUCGGAGAGACUCUCUCAGUAUUCUCAAAGGGAGAUAACUAGAAAGAGACGCCAGGCUCUGUGUCGUAUAUUCAGUUUCCUGGACACUUCAAGUUUAAUACAAGUAGCUUUAGUAUGUAGGGAAUGGAAGAAAAUCAGCAGACAUCCAUCGCUAUGGAAACAUGUUUAUUUGAAGAACCAAAAGUGUUCUUUAGAGUUUUUACUGAAUAUUGCUAAGUGGUGUACAAGUAUGGAAACUUUGCAUUUGGAUGGUCUAAAGACAAGAGAAAAGAAAGAGUUUGAGACUCAAGAAGACUACAAUAAUAGGACAAGGGCUGUCUUAGAACCAGGACUUGAGAAGUUGUUACAAGUAUCUGAGUCAACACUGAAAACAGCCACCAUUAUACACUGUGAGAAUAUCAUCACAGAUAAAGGUUUGUGGUUGGUCAGUUGUUAUAGCCGUGUUGUCAGAAAAGUUACAUAUAUCUGUAAUACAGAUUUACCUGGAGCUGAUGUUAUCUGGGCAUUAGGAGCUGGUUGUCGCGACAUCUCAUAUCUAAACAUAACUCUUACUGAUCCUAGUUCAGCAGUAGGUGUGAAGUUUAACAACAAAUGUUUACAAGUGAUUUCACAGUUCUGUCAAGAUUUACAGACUCUCUGUGUUUGUGGAACAGAAAUUGAUAUGAAUGGACUUGUGUUGAUAGCUAAGAGUUGUCAAAGGUUGACUAAGUUAGAGAUGCAUUAUGGUAUAACAGUAACAGAGGAUACAAUGGUUGCUGUAUGUAGGCUAGGGUUACAUAAUUUACAGCAAAUCUAUUUCAAUUUCACUCCAGUAGAAGCAAAGGCAAUCCUACAAUUAUACAAGUCUUCUAAACACUUACAGAAGAUACAGAUCUCAUUAGAUAUCUCCUGUUUUGAUUUGAAAGGAGAAUAUAAAGAGGAAGAUAAGAUGAAGAAGUAUGCUGAUAUGGUGAAAAAUCUGAAGGAGCUUCAGAAGAAACCCGGAGUUGGGAACAUUUUAAAGCUAAGUUGUGGAGAAGUGUUUAUCAAUACAGAAAAGAAAUUCUUUGGGUUGUUUUAAUACAAUCAGUAGCAAAGUAAAUUGUGUCAUAGACAGUUAUAAAAUGAAGAAAAAAUUCUUGGAAAUGUGCAAUAUGUUUUGAACUAUUUCUUUUUCUUAUUUAUCUGUGAUGCUGACUUUUGCUUUUAUUUAGUGCAUAUUUACUUUACAACAUAUUUGUUACGUUUGGAGGAUGUGUUUUUCAACAGACUGUCGGAAUUCCAAUGGGAACCAAUUGUGCCCCUCUUCUUGCCGACCUGUUUCUUUAUUAUUAUGAGGCUGACUUCAUACAGGAACUUCUUAGGAAGAAAGAUAAGAAGUUAGCAAUAUCCUUUAACUUUACGUUCCGCUAUAUAGAUGAUGUUCUCUCACUAAAUAAUACAAAAUUUGGUGACUAUGUUGAACGAAUCUAUCCCAUCGAACUAGAGAUAAAGGAUACUACAGAUACAGUUAAGUCUGCCUCAUAUCUUGACUUACAUCUAGAAAUUGACAAUGAGGGUCGGUUGAAAACAAAACUUUACGACAAAAGAGAUGAUUUCAGCUUCCAAAUUGUGAACCUUUCCAUUUCUAUGUAGCAACAUUCCAGCAGCGCCUGCAUACGGAGUAUAUAUCUCCCAAUUGAUACAAUAUUCCCGGGCUUGUAUUUCCUAUCAUAAUUUCCUUAAUAGAGGAUUGCUGCUCACAAGGAAGCUAUUAAACCAAAAGUUCCAAAUGGUGAAGUUGAAAUCAUCCCUUCGUAAAUUUUACGGACGCCAUCACAAGUUGGUUGACCGUUCUGGAAUAACCGUUUCACAGAUGAUAUCGGAUAUAUGUUCCUUAUGUCUUAACUACAAUAGCCUUCCCUUUUUACGAAUGUGACCUACCAAAUUAGACUAUUUAUCGGAUUUGUUAAACAUAAGCAACACAACGGGUGCCACAUGUGGAGCAGGAUCUGCUUACCCUUCUGGAGCACCUGAGAUUACCCCCGUUUUUGGUGGGGUUCGUGUUGCUUAGUUUUUAGUUUUCUAUGUUGUGUCAUCUGUACUAUUAUUUGUCUGUUUGUCUUUUUAUUUUUGGCCAUGGCGUUGUCAGUUUGUUUUCGAUCUAUGAGUUUGACUGUCCCUCUGGUAUCUUUCCUCCCUCUUUUACACUUAUGAUGCCCUAUGGUUACAUUUUGUAUAUUAUUUUGAUUUCAAAACCAAACAUAUUUAUUCAAACAUGCUAUGAUUCAUUAAGUUUUCAUGAUACUUUAUUUAUUACACAUUUACUCAAGUGUUUCAGUCAGACACAGAACACAGGAAAUUUGCCUAGCUUCUUUUUAAAUGCUCUGAGGGAAUUUGGAAAUGUUAGAUAACAUAAAAAAAUUCUGAAGAAACAUUUUUGAAAUCAAAAUUGACCUGGUGCUCCUGUAGUUUAGCUAAAUAAUACAUUCUUUAAAUGUAACCUUUCAUUUUUGAGUAAGGACUUUUAAAGAAAUGAUUGUAAAGUUAAAGUUUAAAGAGAUGAAUUAUAGGGUGGGGAGACGCUUACUUUAUAUAUGACAUAUAAUGUCCUCAGGCCUUCUUGAACAUUUAACUACAUAACAACCCAAACAUAAUUGUUAUUGUUUAAUACUCCAGCACUAGUUAAGUGUUGAUGAUCUAUGAAAUAAGUAUAUCUGUCGUUAAUUUUUUUGUCUUAUUAAUUGUUUAAUUUUAUUUUUGAUAUUUUACUUCUGUUAUAUGUAUUGUGGUAUACCCAUCAUAAUGUUAUCUUUCUCAUUUAUAAUUUAAAUAUUAUUUUUUUGAUGUUUUGGUAGAAUUAUAUACAUUAUAUAAAUAUAUUCUCAAAUAAAGAUGUUAAUAA